AUGUUCUCGUCCAAUCCGAUUUCCAUUCCUUUCGGUAUCAUCAUCGGACUGCUUGCCUCUUGCGUUCAAUCCCUUGGUUUAACCAUCCAGCGAAAGAGCCAUGUCUUGAACCAGUCGCUUCCGGAGCAUCGUCAGCGUGACGAACAUCGAAGACCGUUAUGGCUGCUUGGUUUUGUCAUAUUCAUUUCAUCGAACGUUCUUGGUUCACUGGUCCAAAUCGCAUCCCUUCCUGUCGUCAUUCUCGCCCCAUUGGGUGCAGUAUCCCUCCUUUGGAAUGCCUUCUUCGCACGACUUCUGCUCGGAGACGUCUUCUCACCCUGGAUGGUGCUCGGCACUAUUCUCAUCGCUGGCGGAGCUAUCCUCAUAGCGUUCUUUGGCAUCGUUCCCGAACAAACGCGCUCUUUAGAAGAUCUGCUUGAACUCUUUAGACGCCCGACAUUCAUUGCAUACUUCUCAGCCCUAGGGUUUGUCGUCUUGGUCUGUCUGAUGAUCACACAUAUCGUGGAAUUCUCCCUUUCUCGACGGAUGGCAAAAUCCUCAUCCUCAUCCCUAUCUCCAUCAUCCUUAAGUGUCGAUCUUCCUGAUUACACGACAGACCUUGCAACUGGGAUUACGGACACCAUCAACCACUCAACCAUCGCAACUGAACGGACACCUCUCCUGGAUCGCAAGUCAGGGUCUUCAACACCUCUCUCAAUUUCUGCCAUCAACGACAUAAUCCCCGAUCCCAAGCUCACAUCUAUUAAUCGAAAACGUUUGUUACUGGCUGUUUCAUAUGCCUCGUUCUCUGGUAUCAUUUCCGGCAUGUGCCUAAUCUUUGCAAAGAGUGGUGUGGAGCUCCUCGUCCUUACUUUAGGUGGCAAGAACCAAUUCUGGCGUUGGGAGGCAUGGGUUCUCGUCGCUGGAUUGGCCGUUUUCGCACUGCUGCAACUCUGGUAUCUCCACAAGGCACUCAUUCUCGCAGACCCUACAUUAGUCUGCCCAUCUGCUUUCUGUUUCUAUAAUCUAUCAUCCAUCGUCAACGGGCUUGUAUACUUCAACCAAAUAUCCCUCAUUUCCCGGCUGCAUCUUGGUUUGGUAAUCCUCGGAAUUGCCAUUCUUCUCGGGGGAGUAUGGGUUGUGAGCAUUCAGUCUGGGGGUGGUGGUGUUGACGUGGGAGCAUGGAACGAAGAACACCUUGACUUCCCAGAUGAAAACGCUGUGCUUUGUCCUGAACCAGAUGACGAGAACGAAGAAGAUGCAAGAAUUGGAGAGACUGUCCCUCUCACUCAGCAACCUCAAGCUCAACCGAUAUCUCGACUCGGACCCGUAGCCAUGGAUAGAGAAACGCGCUCAGAGUCAAGUCUCCCGAAUAUACCUACUUCCCCAACAGGCUUAGGCCCCGAUCUUGGACCUGAGGGAUUGGUCCAUCGACACAAUCAAGACUCGAUGCUUCGGUCUGGCAAGCGGCGGCGCGCUGAAACGCAGCUGUACCCUACCCAUCGAUCACCCUCUCAUCGUUCGCGAAAGCGACCGGCAGCCGAUGCUCGUGUAUCCUCGUCGUCCACAGCACACCAGGGCCACUCCCGCACGGCGUCCCAUCAUCAUGCGCCGCUGUCGCCACCUCUUGGGACUGGGUUCCAAAUCGGCCUCUCACCUGUCAGCCCUGGGUUCACGAUUAUGCCGCUUGAAAGGAGGAGGCCGAGUGGGAUUGGGAUCGGUGGGCCUUCUAUGACUGACGUCGCAAAUGAGGUUGUGGGUGAUGGUGUGCGGGCGCGAAGGCGAACUGUGAGCGAAGGUGAGGUCGGCCGCAUGUCAGGGGUAGCUAGGGAAAGCUCGGAUGUCGAAUCUGGCCACGGGGAAGCGGAGCAGAGCGAAGAAUCUGCUGCAGCGCGCACCCUGCAUGAUGAAGUGGGAAGUCGGCCGGAGAGAAGGGAUCGCUGGCGAUGGCUUCGGAAUGUAUUUGCGGACAAGCGUCGAUGA